GAAGCCACAGCGCAAAGUGAGGGCAAAUGGGUUGUUAGCAGCCGUCAGAUGGAAGCGGAAUGGUUGGAAGAAAUCUGAAGCGGGGUAAAUGACCGAAUGAGUUACAGGCGUCGUUCGCUGGUGAUGCGAUUUCGAUGAUUCAGUGCCAUACGUUCGUAUCUUAGAGUUGUUAUUAUUAUUAUUAUUGGAGGAUUAGUGAGUAAUUAGGUUAGGAUUAAAAGAGGAGGGAAAAUGGAAUUGCAAAUGAAGGUGGCGCAGGCGGUUCACGUACUAAAUCACGAUACAGAGUCGUGCAACCGCGUGGCGGCAAAUCAAUGGCUGGUUCAAUUUCAGCAGACCGACGCCGCUUGGGAGGUCGCCACCUCAAUCCUCACCACCGAUUUUCACCACUCCGUCGUCUCCGAUUACGAGGUCGAGUUCUUCGCUGCCCAGAUUCUCAAACGGAAGAUCCAAAACGAGGGCUGUUACCUGCAAUCUAGAGCCAAAGAUGCUUUGCUAAAUGCCCUUCUUGUUGCUGCUAAAAGAUUUAGUUCUGGCCCUCAUCAGCUUUUGACACAAAUUUGCCUUGCACUGUCUGCACUUAUACUGCGAGCUGUUGAGCAUGGAAAACCUGUUGAGCAACUAUUUUAUAGUCUUCAGAAUCUACAGACUCAGGUUGAUGGAAAUGUUGCUGUUCUGGAGAUGCUUACUGUUUUACCUGAGGAAGUUUUAGACAACCAAAAUGCUGACUCUAAAAUAAGUUCAGCUGACAGAAGCCAGUAUGGCCAAGAGCUUCUUUCACAUACACCUAUGGUUCUUGAGUUCCUACUGCAGCAAUCUGAGAAAGGGUUUGAUAGUGGUGUACAACUACAUGAACGGAACAGAAAGAUUUUGCGUUGCUUAUUAAGUUGGGUUCGAGCUGGAUGUUUUUCGGAGAUUCCCCAUGGGUUACUACCAGCACAUCCGCUUCUCAACUUUGUUUUUAAUUCUUUGCAGAUGUCAUCUUCAUUUGAUUUGGCAAUUGAAGUUCUUGUUGAGCUCGUGAGUCGACAUGAGGGGCUGCCCCAUGUUUUGUUAUGCAGGGUGCAUUUUCUUAAAGAAGUAUUACUUCUACCAGCUCUUAGUAAUGGUGAUGAGAAAGUAGUAGGUGGUCUUGCUUGCUUAUUGUCAGAGAUUGGCCAGGCUGCACCAUCUCUUAUUGUGGAAGCAAGUGCUGAGGCAGUUGCACUGGCUGAUGCACUUUUGAGCUGCGUGACGUUUCCAAGUGAAGACUGGGAGAUAGCAGACUCAACCUUGCAAUUUUGGUCUGGUUUUGCAAGCUAUAUUCUUGGCCUUGAUGAGGAUGGUGCAAAACAGAGGAAGCAAGUGGAAGAAAUGUUUUUCCCUGUAUUUUCAGCAUUACUUGAUGCGCUGUUGUUGCGUGCUCAGGUAGAUGGUUCUAUGUUUGAUGAUGAACAAGGAACACCUGAGCUGCCUGAUGGUCUUCUCCACUUUAGGAUGAACCUUGUUGAGCUUUUAGUGGAUAUAUGUCAUCUUUUAAGAUCUGCUACAUUUAUUCAGAAGCUUUUCUUUGGUGGUUGGGCAUCUGCAAAUACACCAAUACCCUGGAAGGAGGUGGAAACCAAGUUAUUUGCUCUUAAUGUGGUUGCCGAGGUAGUCCUACAGGAGGUCCAAAACUUUGAUUUUUCGGUCAUCAUGCAGUUGGUCACAGUGUUGGCCACUAGGCCUUUAGAUGAGCUGAAGGGCAUCAUGUGCAUUGUGUAUAGAUCUCUUGCAGAUGUUGUUGGUUCCUAUUCCAAGUGGAUAUCUGCUUUUCAAACAAAUGCUAGACCCUUACUAUUAUUCCUAGCAGCUGGAAUAUCAGAACCCCUGUCCUCGAGUUCAUGUGCUUCUGCUUUGCGCAAAGUUUGUGAAGAUGCUUCUGCAGUGAUGUAUGAACCUUUGAAUUUGGAGAUUCUGAUGUGGAUAGGAGAGGGUUUGGAGAAGAGAUAUUUACCUUUGGAAGAUGAGGAAGAAGUUAUCAGUGCUGUUAGUCUGAUCCUUGGUUCUAUUACUAAUAAAGAAUUAAAGAGCAGCUUGUUGGCUAGAUUGCUUUCAUCUAGCUUUGAAGCCAUUGGGAAACUUGUAGAUGCAGAUAAUAGCCACCGUCUUAGACUGAAUCCUGCUACGUAUACACAAAUUUUGAACUCUGGUGCGAGAGGGCUUUACAGGGUGGGAACUGUAUUCAGUCAUCUAGCAACAUCUGUCCAGAGUGGGCAUUCUGCAGAUGAUUGUAUGCUGGCACUGUUGCAAGUUUUUUGGCCUAUUCUUGAAAAACUUUUCAGCUCUGAGCACAUGGAGAAUGGUAAUUUAUCUGCAGCAGCUUGCCGUGCUCUUACACAAGCAAUUCAGUCAUCAGGUCAACAUUUCUUAAGAUUACUGCCCAAAGUACUAGAUUGCUUAUCAACAAAUUAUGUCACAUUCCAAAGUCAUGAAUGCUACAUAAGAACUGCAUCUGUUGUCAUUGAAGAAUUUGGCCAUAAAGAGGAGUAUGGGCCCUUGUUUGUCACCACUUUGGAGAGAUUUACAUACGCGGCAUCGGUAAUGGCUCUUAAUUCUUCAUACAUAUGUGACCAAGAGCCUGAUCUAGUGGAGGCGUACACAAAUUUUGCAUCCACAUAUGUGCGCGGAACUCGUAAGGAAGUAGUGGCUGCAUCUGGUACCCUUCUUGAAAUUUCCUUUCAAAAGGCAGCUAUAUGCUGCACAGCCAUGCAUCGUGGUGCAGCACUUGCGUCCAUGUCAUACUUAUCUUCAUCGUCGUGUUUUUGGUUGCAUCUGAAGAAGUGCUGUUGCUUGAUCUUUUAUUCCUUGAGCUGGAUUUAUCCUGUGUAUAAGUGCUACCUGAUUGAGGCUUAUUAUCUAUCUUGUAUGGACCUGCUAGGUUUCUUGGAGGUGGGCCUGGCCUCUUUGUUAGAUUCUUCUAUGACUUGUAUCUCUGAAGGAUCAUUCAGUGCAAUGGCCAUUCAAGUCAUAUCCCAUAGUGGCGAAGGACUUGUAUCAAACCUAAUUUAUGCUUUACUUGGUGUUUCUGCAAUGUCACGGGUUCACAAAUGUGCAACAAUCUUGCAACAGUUGGCAGCAAUAUGCAGUUUAAGCGAGAGAUCAACCUUGAAGGCUAUUCUUUGUUGGGAAUCUUUACGUGGAUGGUUACACACAGCGCAGGUGCAGGCUCUUCCUGCUGAAUACCUAAAGCAAGGGGAAGUUGAAACCUUAGUGCCAGUUUGGUCUAAGGCCCUUGCUGGUGCAGCUUCAGAUUAUAUAGAGAGCAGGAGCUGUGAUGGAGGACACAAUAGUUACGGUCACAUGCAAGGAAAAGGGGGGAGGGUUCUAAAGCGUUUAGUUCGUGAGUUUGCUGAUAGCCACCGCAAUGUUCCAAAUUUGACUUGAUUACUGCCGAAUUUUACUUUUGCCAUUUGCAUCUGAUUUAGCUGGCGGCUUUAAGAGCUAUUGGGGCCUUGUGAAUCGGAGUUGGUACCGCAUUUUGCAGUUGUAAAGCGAUUGCUGUUUUUUUUUUUUUGCUUUUGUCCAGGCUUGCCAAAUAUGGGCCUGUUAUUUGAGCUAUGUUCCCAAUACACAUAUUCUUCAAUCUAAUUUUCUGUAUA